GAUACUACAAUCAUUUUUUACAUUACAAAAAACCUAAACAAACAACAACUGUGUGUUGCAGUGUAACCCGUAACUACCUGGACUGGCUGACUAGCAUGCCCUGGGGUACCAACAGUGAAGAGAACUUAUUAUUGGAGAGAGCCAAAGAUGUUCUGGAAGAGGACCAUUACGGGAUGGAUGAUGUUAAGAAACGCAUAUUGGAAUUCAUAGCGGUGAGCCAGCUGCGUGGUUCCACCCAGGGGAAGAUCUUGUGUUUCUACGGUCCUCCAGGUGUAGGAAAGACCUCCAUCGCCCGCUCCAUAGCCAGAGCCCUCAACAGACAAUACUUCAGGUUCAGCGUGGGAGGCAUGACUGAUGUGGCUGAGAUUAAAGGACACAGGAGGACGUAUGUUGGAGCAAUGCCUGGGAAGAUUAUCCAGUGCCUGAAGAAAACCAAGACAGAGAACCCCCUGGUGCUAAUAGAUGAGGUGGAUAAGAUUGGUCGUGGUUACCAGGGCGAUCCAUCGUCCGCAUUACUGGAGCUUCUAGAUCCUGAACAGAACGCUAACUUCCUCGAUCACUACCUUGAUGUUCCUGUAGAUCUGUCAAAGGUUUUGUUUAUCUGUACGGCAAAUGUGAUUGACACCAUCCCAGAGCCUCUCAGAGACAGGAUGGAGAUGAUCAAUGUAUCUGGAUAUGUGGCACAGGAGAAACUGGCUAUCGCUGAGCGUUACCUGGUCCCUCAGCUCCGCUCUCUGUGUGGUCUGACCGAGGAAAAGGCCUCAAUCUCCCCUGACGCCCUCAGUCUACUCAUCAGGCAGUACUGCAGGGAAUCUGGAGUCAGGAACCUGCAGAAACAAGUUGAAAAGGUUUUCCGUAAGGUUGCAUUCAAUAUAGUCAGCGGUGAGCAAACCGCAGUGACCGUUACACCUGACAACCUGCAGGACUACGUGGGUAAACCUGUUUUCACAGUGGAUCGAAUGUACGACGUCACCCCACCAGGAGUGGUUAUGGGGCUGGCAUGGACUGCUCUGGGAGGGACGACGCUGUUCAUCGAAACAUCGCUGCGCCGUCCUUCUGGAGGAGCGGACCCUAAAGGAGAGGGGUCACUGGAAGUUACCGGUCAGCUGGGUGAUGUUAUGAAGGAAAGUGCAAAGAUCGCUUCAACCUUUGCCAGAGCCUUUCUGAUGACCCAGGAACCAGAAAAUCACUUCCUGGUUAACUCCCACCUGCACCUGCAUGUCCCUGAGGGGGCAACUCCUAAGGAUGGACCAAGCGCUGGCUGCACCAUUGUCACAGCACUGUUGUCCCUGGCAACUAGCCGGGCGGUGCGUCAGAACGUAGCCAUGACUGGUGAAGUGUCACUGACCGGCAAAAUACUGCCAGUAGGUGGAAUCAAAGAGAAAACUAUUGCUGCCCGUCGUGCUGGUGUGACCUGCAUCAUUCUGCCAUCUGAGAACAGGAAAGACUUCUCUGACCUGCCAGACUACAUCACAGAGGGCCUGGAGGUCCACUUUGUGGAUCAUUACAGACAUAUCUACCCCAUUGUCUUCCCACAGAUCCAGUCAUAACUUGCUUUCAACUAUAGUGCUAAAACCACACCAAUAUGGACCAAGACAUCUUUUUAUAGGAUUCCAGAACCUGUUUGCUACCGCACAACAGCAGUUGUCAUUCUGGUUGUAGAGAGUAAAAUCCAGUUAUUACUUUUGGACUGAUUCUUGUAAAUAUGCAGUUUGGACCCUGAGGUCCUGCUGUGGAGGACACAGGACCCCCGAAUGUAGUAAGACUGUCAUCUGAUAAGGAGGACAUCAUCACUGAACUGAAACCUUUCAACCAACUGUGCCAAAGAUGGACAUACACAGUAAAGUGAUGGUGAUGAUGAACACUGGCUUGUCAUCACAGGAUAUGAUCGAUGAGUAGAAGUUGGGGUGGCAACUUUGCUGCUAGGUAGCUUUUUACCCACAGCUCUCUUUAUGCAGGGCUGUGAGUGGACUCCAUAGAUUUCCUAUAUUAUUUUAUAUUAUUAUCGGCUAUUAUUUGUGAUGAUGUUGAAAUUAAAUAAACAACUCUGCUGGC